AUGUCGUACGCUCCCGGAAAUAUAGUUUAUGCCAAACUCAAGGGAUAUCCUUGGUGGCCGGCACGAGUCGAAAUUGAAUCUACUCUUCCUUCGAACGUUCUUUCAAAAAAGCCAAAAGGACCGAAACCAAUAUGCGGUGUGAGAUUUUUUGGAACUGGUGACUAUGGUUGGUUUGGAAAUAAUGACCUUAAACCGUUUGAAAAAAAGGAGGCUGAAAUAUUAUUACAAAAAAUGCAAAAUAAGAGACGGGAUGAUUUGCUAAAGAAAUCUAUUCGAGAAGCUCUAAACCCAUCAUCUUUUGAUGAUCCAAUGGAGGAAGAUGUUGAAGAAGCAGCAACAGAUGAUGACGAGGUUGAAUUGGAAGAUGAGAGUAAGAAAUCUACUGAGUCUUUAGAAAAUGAUGAUGGUGAAUAUGAUAAAAAAUCAAAAGUUCGUAGCAAAGGAACCAAAAAAGAUAAAGGACAUACAGUUUCAAAGACUGCAGAGCGUCAAACCAAAGCUUCAAGGAGCACAAAACCAAAGAGAAAGACUCGUGAUUAUUCUUCAGAAGAAGAAGUAGGAAGCCGUAGUGGAAAAGGCGUAAAGAAACGUAGAGCAACUGAAGAUAAACUUUCAAAGCGUAAAAGAAGUUCUGUAUCCUUAUCAUACACUGAUGAUGAAGCAGAACAAAUGGAUGUAGAUGAACCCAGGGCUGAAGUAGAUGUCAAAAAAAAGCAGGAACGUCGUCAGAAUUCAAAAAAAGAUAGAGGCACGUCUAGAAGUGAAGGAUCAAAAUCUCCAGGCAAGUUUGAUGGUGGAUCACCAAUUACAGGUGUUGUUGAGAAUAAGCAAAUAAACGAUGAUGCAGGUUUUGACAGAAAAGUAAACAAAUUAGAAUCGGAAAGUCAACAUCGAUCGACGAAAUCGCGCCAAUUUAAAACUCCCUCUGAAAAAUUACUUCAUUUUAGACAUAAGCUUCAAAGAAUGACGAUAAAAUCUACUAAAAUUGAGUCACAUGAUAUGGGAAAAAUCGAUGAAGUAUUUACUGAAGUGGAAAAUUUCCCUAUUACGAUUCCUUUGCUGAAGGAAAGUAAAAUCGGAAAACUUAUGAGAAAAAUUGCUGAUUUGAAAAUCGAGCCCGACCCAUAUAAUAUCAAGGAUCGAAGCGAUGAAUUAAUUAAAAAGUGGAAGUUUUUAUUGGAAGCACCCACCCAAGAAGGUACGGACGAAGACGCAUCUCCCAAGAUGACCACACAAGUUGAAGGAAAUUCGCCGCAGCAUGGAACUGUUAAAAAUGAAGAAAUUAACCAACUUUUACCAGAUGAACAAGAAGUUGAUGUCAAGAAUGAGGAGCUAGAUUGCGUUGAAUACAACAGAAUUAAGCCAGAAAGUACACCAUCUGCUAUGGAUCUUGAAAAAGCCGAGACUCUUCCAAUGGCAAACGAUGAUAAACAUGUGUCGGAGGAUGUCAUCACGAAUGGAUCUUCACCUGCUGCCAACAAUCAAGGUGUAUCCAUUCAAGAAAAGGAAAUAGUUCACAAUAAAUCACCUGAAUUGUGA